AGCACAGCUCGGCGAGCGCAGCGCGGCGGGCGCAGAGCGGGGCGGCGGCGACUCCCGGCGGCGGCGAGGAGGGGCCGCCUGCCCGCCGGCCCCAAGAGCGGUGGCUGCGCUAUGGGCAGGAGGAGCCGGCGGGCAGCCGACAGCUCGUCCUCGGGGGAGGAGGAGGAGUAUGUGGUGGAGAAGGUUCUGGAUCGGCGCGUGGUGAGGGGCCAGGCCGAGUACCUGCUCAAGUGGAAGGGCUUCUCCGAGGAACACAACACGUGGGAGCCCGAGAAGAACCUGGACUGCCCCGAGCUGAUCUCGCAGUUCCUGCGCAAGGACCGCAGGAUGAGGGACAUGAGGGACACGAGGGACAGCGACGGCAGCCGGCCCCGCGAGCGCCCCGAGGGCGCCAAGCGCAAGGGACUGCCCGGGAGCGAGGAUGGCAGGGCCAAGAAAAAGAGAGAGAGCAACGACAUCGCCCGCGGCUUCGAGCGGGGCCUGGAGCCCGAGAAAAUCAUCGGGGCCACCGACUCCUGCGGGGACCUCAUGUUCCUGAUGAAAUGGAAGGACACGGACGAGGCCGACCUGGUGCUGGCCAAGGAGGCCAACCUCAAGUGUCCCCAGAUCGUCAUCGCCUUCUACGAGGAGCGGCUGACGUGGCACGCGUACCCCGAGGACAGUGACAGCAAGGAGCGGGACCCGCCCCGCAGCUGAGCCCCAAAACACCCUGAAACGCCCCAAAAACAACAAAACCAGCCCAGAAACACCC